AUGGACAAAAUUACCCAGGCAAUCUGGAUUCCGAAGGGAAGGGAGAAUGCUUCGCCGGCAAUCAACUCGAUUCUUUGGGUGCCGUUAGCGCGGAAGAGUGCCGGUCUGAUAAGCAACCCUGCGUUCCAGAGAAAUGCGCUCAAUAUCCAGCCAGCCAGCUUUCGCAGUGGCUGGCGUGGUCACCGAUGGGAACCACAUCGCGUCUCGAAGUCUAGAUCGACCAUUCCAUCGGGGACGACGUCUCCCCUCGAGCUCACCACAAAGAAGAGUGCAAUCACUUGCUCGGCAAGCUGUAUGAAGAAUCAAAAAUGGUUCACGCUUCUUGGGGCCCGUCGUGCCUGUCACCUCUUCAUGAUUGGUGUGGAACGUAUCGUCUACGCGAACAUGGCCGCAUCCGGCGAUUCUUACGCCACCGCCGCCUCCAACUCUCGCCAAGCUAGAUGCGGCUGGAUGCUAUUACCUCAGCAAGACUCAAGCCUCUCCGAGUCGGCGAAUCCAGUCGGCCGGGGCGCACCAAACUAUCCGGCCCUGCUUGUUCUCUCGAUAGCCAGCCACGCGGAGAGGCUUGUCAAUUCUCAAACCGCGCCAUUCGGGCGGGCGCUGGAAUACCUUCAAAGUCCGCGUCACACAUUAUUCCCGUUCGGACUUUGUUUGAGGUUUUUGGGUGUCGUUAAUCUUUGCACAUCACCCAUGUCCUUGGCACGAUCACUUCUGAAUCAGAUUUACGGCAUCGAAAUUGGUUUGGGAAAGAACAAUGCCAUAGACCGUUGA